AUGAAGAAAUCCAGGACCACGGUCACGGUGGGCCCUAAGCCGACCAAGGCCUGUAUAAACUGCCGAAGACUCAAGAUGAAAUGCGAAGUCUCUGGGCCCCCUCCAUGUCGUCGAUGCCGACAGAAUCAAACAGCGUGUGUAUUCAAGCCGCGGGCCAAUGCAUCCGCUAUACAUAGCUUGAUUGAGUUACAACAAGAUCCAAGUCUUGCAAUUUUACCAGGCAUUGCAGACCAUCAGUCAAUUCUGAACCGGUUAUCUAGAAUCGAGGCUGCACUGGGUAUUACCGAGGAGGCAGAUGACGAGGCUAUUUCAUCUUGUGAAGCAAGCCCUGAAGAGGAUGUGAAUCGGGCCCCACUCCAGGGAGUCUGGAAAGCGGUUGCACACCUACGAGUCAUUACUCGUCCCACUGCAGAUGAAAUUGCCUGGUCCCGACCCAUUGUCAAGCAACUUUGGAGCUCAUUCUUAAAUAACCUGCCCCUUCUCCACUUCCUCAAAGACCACGGUGCCUUUGCGUCCCCAACACCUCUCCUGCUAGCCUCUGUGCUUUACAUCUCUGCCCUGCACCACCCAUCUUCGGAUUUGGCAUCAUUAGAGACGGGCUAUCUUGCUGCUACUUCUAGCGCCAUUGCGGAGCUGGUUACUCUAUCUUUCCCACAAGUCUCACUACAGGCAGUAUUACAAAAAGAUCAUGAACAGGAUCUUUCUCCGCAAUCAGAAACACAGAUAGCAUUCCACAAUAUCCUCGGCUUGAUCAUGGCUAGUCUGAGCUCUGAGGCUUAUAUUGAUGCCACUGGUAUGUGGAUCUCGAUGGCAUAUCGCAUUUGGCUUGAUCAUUGUCCCGCAGAAAUGAAUGCUACGACGGAUGAUUGGCGUGGCUUGUUCUCUGGUCUUCAGGUUAUUGACAUUGAACACGCAUCAAUGCAAAUGUCUUACCCAUUGCUCCCCCGACAUGCCCCCGCACCCGGAAUCCAACGCCUAGAUAGCCACCAAGGCAAUGCAUUCCAGGGCCUCGCGGAAAUGAUGCAUUAUGGCUUAAGCCACUUCGUGGGCAGAGGAUUACCGACCAUAUGGGCCUCUAUCAAUGCUGAUGAAAAUGAUAUUGUUACUGCCGUUCGAACCCCGUUUACUGAGAAUGACUCUCAAGUCAUUCGCCUUUGGGCACGGAAACUAGAUGAUUGGCUGGUGCGAUAUAAUGGCUCGUCUCAACCCACUCCAUCUGACAGACAGGGCAUUCUUAUCUUACUGCAAUAUCAUCUGCAUAAGCUAUACGUUUUGUCAAUCUAUCACCCGGCUCGUGGGUUCGAUCUCAGCGCAGCGAAUAUAAGUUCUGUGGAGAGAUAUGAACUGCUUGUGUCAGCUCGGGCAGUGUUAAGACUUAGACAGGAUGAUGCAAGUAUAUGGUCCAACUGGGAUCUGAUUAUGAUUACCUGGGCAGCCAUACUCCUCCUUCGAGGCGUUGAAGACGGCAUGACCCACCAGGAUGACCUCUACUUAAUCCAAUCCCACCUUCGAAGCCUCGAACGAACAAAACAAUCCGCGGCAAGUAUCCACACAGUCCUAUUUCGCCGCCUCGAGUCCAGCAUGCAAGCCAUGCACACACCACCAGAUACCAGCGAAGCAUUAGCAUUCCCAGGACCAAGUGCAGAUGAGUCAUGGACCAUCUUUGAUCAGGAGAUUAUGUCGCUCGCAAAUCCAUCGUGGUUGUUCGACGAACCUCCUCAGUUGCCACAGAUGCAGAGAACCUCUGUUCAGUAUGACUCUACUCCAGCUAUGUUGGAGAAUUCUGCGCAUCAAUUUACGUCACAAGGUCAGUGGGACUGCGCUGAACAAGUUGCCGGGGGCUUUUCAUCAACCUUGAAUCGGAUUUUCGGUAAUGACGGAAGUGGAGAAAAUGGUAAUUCGUUAAUGUAA